AUGUCAAAAGGUGAAAAUACGUUGGCGUCAAAGUCGAACUUGGAAAGAACAAGUGUAGCAAACUUCGAGAGCUCUGUAGAUGCUUUUGCUUCCAGAUUUAACUCUUAUGGUUCCUAUUCACCUGCACGGGCCGACAUGAGAAGAAAUGGUUGUGAAGAUUUACCUCAGAAGGCUCGUGAAAUGGUUGCCAAUAAAGGAACCAUGUUUAGGCGUGAUGAAAGUAUGGAAGAUGCAUCUUCUGGCUCCCAGGCUUCAGCUGCUGCUGAUGGGAAUCUUGGCACAAAUGAUGGCAAAAGUGACAGACUACUGAAUGUCAAGUCCGUUCGAGCUUCAUCAGACUUGGCUAGGAGCAAUGGGGAGUUGAAGGAAGUCGGCGUUGUGACAGAUGCACACCAUGGGCCAGGAAGCUUCAGAAGCAAAUUGAGCAACGAAAGGAAAGUUUCAAAGGUAUAUCCGAAGGAUACCAGAAGUGCCGUUUUGGAUAACAAAGUGCAGCGGUUGGAAAACAGGAUAAAGAUGCUUGAAGGAGAGUUGAGAGAAGCUGCUGCCCUCAAGGCUGCUCUGUAUUCAGUAGUUGCUGAGGAUGGAAGCUCCAUGAGUAAAGUGCAUGCUCCAGCUCGGCGCCCUUGUAGGCUGUAUCUUCAUUCUUGUAAGGAAGGAUCACAAUUAAGACGCGCGAGUGCAGCUAUAGGUGCUGUUUCUGGACUUGUUCUGGUUGCAAAAGCAUGUGGAAAUGAUGUUCCGAGGUUGACGUUCUGGUUGUCAAACUGUGUUGUGGUGCGAGCAAUUAUAAGUGAAAACAUUGGAGAGUUUAAGUUACCACUCUGUGCUGGACCCAUGGAAAGAAAUGGAGGUGGAAAGGGGAAGAAACAGGCAUCAUCUCCGUUGAAAUGGAAAGAAUCCUCUCCAGGGAGAAAGGAAAAUAAAACAUCUAGUGACCGGGACAACCACUUGUCUUUAUUUCGGCCCUAGAAAGGGGUUGAAACAUGGAUCUUUUCCAGAAUCAUCGAGUCU